CAGACGCAUGCCGGAGCUUGCCGCAACCGGACUUGCGCCUCCCUCCUGAUUGGUCAUCGCAGCAUUUGCCGCAGCUUACCGCAUGCAUGGAGUCUUAGCUUUACUUAGCAUUUAAUUCUGUUGUUUGUUAUAACAAGUAAAUAAAAGUUAUUGUUGGAAAUUAUCAUGUCACUUGUUCGAAAAGGACAGCACUGGGGCACAUUUUCUCGAAUUUGGCAUAUAUAUGAUGCAUUGUGGCAAGAUCCAUACAAAAGUGCAAAUUUAUUAAAGAUCUAUCUUAUGGGAUUAUAUAAACCAAUAUAUCAUCCAAUGAAUGAUUGUGGCGAUCAUGUAGUAGUAAUAAAUAGCAAGGAAAUUGCAUUACGUGGAGAUGAAUGGCGCAAACGUGUGUACUUUCACCAUACCACUUACCAUGGAGGUGAUACUUGGACACUUGCAUGGGAAUUACAUAAGAAGGAUCCAACUUUGAUUGUAGAGAAAGCUGUGUAUUCAGCAUUGCCGAAAAAUCUCCAACGACGGUACACAAUGCAAAGGCUACAUAUAUUUCCAGAUGAUAAAGUACCUGAAGAUGUAUUGAAAAAUGUAUCUAAUCAAAUCAAACAACUGAGACAUGUCCCUAUUCGAUUAGAUCAUAUACCAAAGGAAGAGAGAGACAGUUUCCCACAAAUUAUAUCACAUCCUGAGCAGUAUAUUCUUAAGUAAUAGUGAUUUGAUGUAUAAAUACUACAAUAAACAUAAUUAAAAAAUAA